AAACCCCUCUCUGCUGAGAAAGAUUCGUGAUACUUGGUGAUGGAACAGAACAACAGCAACGUAGAGGAUUUCUCCCUGAAUGUGUUUUCUGUCACUCCUUACCCACCGAGUAGGUCUGAUGCCCUGGUGUCAGAUGGGGACAAAGCUGGUGCCACUCUGCUUUUCUCAGGUGUGUUCUUGGGACUGGUGGGGAUCACAUUCACCGUGAUGGGGUGGAUAAAGUAUGACGGCCUUACUCACCUGGAGUGGACUCAGUUACUAGGGCCUAUCCUGCUUUCUGUUGGGGUAACUUUCAUCCUGAUUGCCGUUUGCAAGUUCAACAUGCUUACAUGCAAGCCCUGCAAAGAAAGAGAGGAGAACACAUUAGACGUCGAACAGAACGCAAGCGGACAGUCCUUCGUGUUCACCGGAAUCAACCAACCCAUAACUUUCCACGGUGCCACGGUGGUGCAGUACAUCCCCCCACCUUACCCAGCACUGGACAGUGCAGCCACCAGCCCUGGCUACAUGCACCCUGUGCUCAGCUGCUGCGGGGCCGUCUCCCCUGGUGUCUCUCCCAUCCCCAGCCCCAGCUCUGCUCACUUCUGCCCUGCCUACUCUCUGGACAACCCCGCUUUCACCUGGGAUGAGAGCUGUGCCAGUUACCUCGCAGAGAACACACGGAACCAAAGAUCAGAAGACAGCUCUGAUGAGCCAGAAGAACUUCUGGAAGACCCCUGUGAAGAACUAUCACCUCCUCGUUACGAGGAAAUAUAUCCACUGUCUUCAUAA